AAUGGCGAAUAAUGUGAAACAACAACUUGUGCAGCUUGCGGCACUUGCACACUCCAGUGGGUCGCAUAAAGAUGUUACUGAAAGAUACAAGAUUAUCUUGGAGUCUGUGAUUCAAACUGGAGGUGCAGAGCUUGUUCCUAGUUUGCAGGCUUUUGUUGAUGCUUUGGUCAAUGAGAAUGUGAGUCUGGUGAUUUCCCGACAGAUCCUGACUGAUUUCUGUGCACAUCUCACCAAGUUACCAGACAAGGUCGCAAAAGAAGUGGCUCACUUCACGCUAGACAGAGUUCACACCAGAGUGAUUUCUUUUGAAGAACAGGUUGCAGCUAUACGUCAACAUCUGGCAGAUAUUUAUGAACGUGAACAGUGUUGGAGAGAUGCUGCAAGUGUCCUUGUUGGAAUUCCACUAGAGACAGGACAAAAACAAUAUGCCACAGAUUAUAAACUAGAGACCUACCUGAAGAUAGCACGCUUAUAUCUGGAAGAUGAAGACCCGGUACAAGCUGAGGCAUACAUAAACCGUGCAUCUUUGCUGCAGGCUGAUUCUCAAAGUGAGAAGCUUCAGAUCCACUACAAGGCCUGUUAUGCAAGAGUGCUUGAUUACAGAAGGAAAUUUAUCGAGGCAGCCCAGCGUUACAAUGAGUUGUCAUACAGGAGUAUAAUUGAGGAAUCUGAGCGGAUGACUGCUCUCAAGAGUGCUCUGAUCUGUACAAUAUUAGCCUCUGCAGGCCAACAAAGAUCAAGAAUGUUAGCCACUCUGUUUAAGGAUGAACGGUGUCAGCAACUUCCUGCAUAUAAUAUAUUGGAAAAGAUGUACUUAGACAGAAUUAUACGCAGUGCUGAUUUACAGGAGUUUGAAGGCUUUCUUCAGCAGCAUCAAAAGGCAGUUACCUCGGAUGGAUCAACUAUUUUGGACCGAGCUGUUAUAGAACACAACUUACUGUCAGCUAGUAAACUCUACAACAACAUUUCCUUUGAAGAGCUUGGUUCCUUGUUAGAAAUUCCACCCACAAAGGCUGAGAAGAUCGCCUCACAGAUGAUAACAGAAGGUAGAAUGAAUGGGAACAUUGACCAGAUAGACUCGAUAGUACAUUUUGAAGCCCGUGAAGCCUUGCCCAGCUGGGACAAACAAAUCCAGAGUCUGUGUUUCCAGGUGAAUACUAUCAUAGAGAAAGUCUCCCAGAGUGCACCUGAUUGGAUUGCUAAGACCAUGGACUCCACAAUGACUCAGUGAAGACAAGACACCGUAACAACCCUGUCAUUUAAGUGCUAUUUCUGGAAGAUUGUCUUGUCACAGAGAGAUCAGAUCUCAGGAGUGCCAUGUCUCAUUCUCCAUAGUUCGUUUGUGAUGGUGAACCACUGCACAUACUCACCAGGUGAAAUACUGCCACUUGGUGUCAUGAGUACUGCCAGGAGAUAUAAAUGAUAAUGAUAUGUGGUAACCGUGGUAAAACCUUCUUCAUUCAAGACGGUUGACAUUCUUGAGUAAAACUGUAAGAGACUGCUUGGCUGAGGAUGCGUCUUGACCAAGCUGAACUUCAGGAUAAUUGACUGAGUAACAUGUUGCAAGGGUGGAAGACCUCAUGAAAGAACAGAAACGUUCUGUGGGCACAUAAUGUCCAACAAGGCCUUGCAGUCCUGUGUGUAUCAUUUUUUGUCUGUAUCUUGGUAUUCAGAAAUUGUUUCAGAUAUACAAAAAUUCAGAUGAGAAUAAGCCAAUGGGAGACUCCAGGACAAGCUACACAGACGGUCCAAGCGACAGUAGAAUUCAUCUGUAUUGUGACGUACUAAAGGAAAUAACAUUGAGUUCACAUCUUUGGACCGCCUUCAUACAGGUGGAAAGGAAUUCUACGAUUUCCUCAUUUUAAAAAUAUGGAAAUAAGAUUACGACAAAAAUAUUACCUACAUGAUAGAGAUAACAAUUUUUGAGCUUGCUUAUGGACAUGGAGAGAUUUGUACUGUUUAUGGCCAGCUAACUGUGAAGAACAGGACUUGGAAUUUGUGAUGGAAUAACACAAAUUUCAUACUGCUGCUUUCCGUGUAAAAAAAACGCUAUCCUGUGUGCAUUUUUAGGUCUUCAGUUUGAAAGAAAAUGUUCUUUGACAUCAAGAUGGCCGUUAAUACAGAAAGGUCACAUCACUGCAUGCAGCCGCCUUCAGCUGUUACAUAUUUCAGAGAAGAUAUGACUGAUCUUUGAUGGUUUCUGAAUUGGACUGUGUGGAGUAUUUUUCACAUGGUGAAAGAGAAAUAAAAACGUUUAUAUUG